GUGCCCAGGCAACAAGAGACACAAAUAAAGCAUCGAUCACGACAAGAUGGCAUGCACAAACAAUGCGAUGAGAGCCUUGUUCCUCCUGGUCCUCUUCUGCAUCGUGCAUGGUGAGAAGGAAGAGUCAAAGGGCAUCGAUGCGAAAGCGUCCGGGCCUGGUGGGUCCUUCGACAUCACCAAGUUGGGCGCCUCCGGCAAUGGCAAGACAGACAGCACGAAGGCUGUGCAGGAGGCAUGGGCAUCGGCGUGCGGCGGCACUGGGAAGCAGACAAUCCUCAUACCCAAGGGCGACUUCCUUGUCGGACAACUCAACUUCACAGGCCCUUGCAAGGGCGACGUGACCAUCCAGGUGGAUGGCAAUCUGCUGGCGACCACGGACCUAAGCCAGUACAAGGACCAUGGUAAUUGGAUCGAGAUUCUACGCGUGGAUAACCUGGUCAUCACCGGCAAGGGAAACCUUGACGGGCAGGGCCCAGCUGUGUGGAGCAAGAACUCCUGCACCAAGAAGUACGACUGCAAGAUCCUUCCCAACUCGCUGGUGAUGGACUUCGUGAACAACGGGGAGGUGUCCGGGGUCACGCUGCUCAACUCCAAGUUCUUCCACAUGAACAUGUACCGGUGCAAGGACAUGCUGAUCAAGGACGUGACCGUGACGGCGCCCGGGGACAGCCCCAACACGGAUGGCAUCCACAUGGGCGACUCAUCCGGGAUCACCAUCACCAACACCGUCAUUGGCGUCGGCGACGACUGCAUCUCCAUCGGCCCCGGGACCUCCAAGGUGAACAUCACCGGCGUGACCUGCGGCCCUGGCCACGGCAUCAGCAUCGGAAGCCUAGGGCGGUACAAGGACGAGAAGGACGUCACGGACAUCAACGUCAAGGAUUGCACUCUUAAGAAGACGAUGUUCGGCGUCCGCAUCAAGGCGUACGAGGACGCCGCCUCCGUGCUCACCGUCUCCAAGAUCCACUACGAGAAUAUCAAGAUGGAGGACUCAGCCAACCCCAUCUUCAUCGACAUGAAGUACUGCCCCAACAAGUUGUGUACUGCCAACGGCGCCUCCAAGGUCACCGUCAAGGACGUCACCUUCAAGAACAUCACCGGCACCUCCUCCACCCCGGAGGCCGUUAGCCUGCUCUGCACUGCCAAGGUCCCAUGCACCGGCGUCACCAUGGAUGACGUCAACGUCGAGUAUAGCGGCACCAACAACAAGACCAUGGCUAUAUGCACGAACGCCAAGGGCAGCACCAAAGGUUGCCUCAAGGAGCUUGCAUGCUUCUAGACCCUCCGUCGACUGACCCAUCUCUCUAGUUAUAAUUUUUCUCUCGUCCUUGCAUUGCCCAUUACAUGCUAUCCAUUGGUAACGCACAACAGUAAAACGACAGACAUCCGACAGCUAUAUUAUGUUCGACGGUGUAACACCCUGAAUUUGAGGGUAUAAAAUUUCUUCUCUAAAUACCAACCAAAUUCAGGUGUUACCUCUUGUCUCUCUCUCUCUCUCUUUUCCUUUUGAUUAAAAGUAAGUGAAUUAGGCGAGGGUUUAAUUAUUUAUUUUGUCAAAACUUAUGUGAGUCAUGAAAUGUUGCAUCAUGCUGAGCCUAAA